AUGCCACCAACCAACAAAACCUGGCACAUCCAGCACCGCGCCCUCGCGCACCAACCAGCAGACAAGCAAUACAUAUGUCCAGCAGAAACAAGGCCCCACCUAGCAACCCUCCUAAGCUUCCCCUCACGACGCUCGACCCUACCCGAACUGCACGCCGCAACACGCAACGAGAUAAUAUCCCUUGCGACAACAAUCGCAGCCUUCGAGCCCGUCCGCCUCCACGCCCGACCAGAAGACAUCCCGCAAGCUGAAGCCCUCCUCGACAGACAAAGCACUCUUUCACCCCAGCACCGCGCCAACAUAACCCUCAUCGCAGCACCAACAAACCACUGCUGGAUUCGCGACACAGGACCUGUCUACACCCGCAGCGCCGACGCAGAAGAUAAAACCCGCUACGCAAUCGAUUUCCGCUUCUGCGAAUGGGGCCACAAAACAACAGAACGCAUCUACGGGUCCCGCGUCUCACCCGCAGCAGCAAAGGCCCUGGAGACAUCCCCACAGUACGCGGAGUGGCCGGUCAUGGACGUUGAAGCCAUGCGCGAAAACACGGCUUUCGCGGGCGUCGUGCUGGAUCUCGAGAAUGCGAAUGCAGACGCUGUGGCGGAUGUAGUCGUCCGCGUGCAGUCGGCUAUCAAGCUUGAGGGCGGGGGUAUUGAAGUCGACGGCGAGGGGACGUUUAUGGCGACAGAGAGUAGUAUUAUUGGGGAUGCGCGGAAUGCUGGACUCGGGAAGAAGGAGAUCGAGGCUGAGCUUGGCCGGUUGCUGGGAGUUAGCACUUUCAUCUGGUUCCCUGGUCGGGUGGGGCUUGAUGUUACGGAUGUGCAUAUUGAUGCUGAGGCGAGGUUUGUGAGGCCCGGUGUUGUUGUUGUGUGUCGCCCACAUGAGAAGGCGGAGAAGGUGCAUUGGGAGAUCUAUUCGGAGAUUCGGGAGGUCUUGGAGAGAUCUACUGAUGCCCGUGGGCGGCGCUUUGAGGUUCAUGAUGUUGUUGAGCCAGAUCCGAGCUGCAUCGAGGGAAAUCUUGCUGGGGAGGAGAAGGCGCCGGCGGCUUCGUAUGUUAACUUUUAUUUCGUUAACGGGGGGCUGGUUAUGCCGGCGUUUGGGGAUGUUGAGGCUGAUGCGAAGGCUUUUGAGUUGUUGAAGAGUCUGGUUCCUGAGAGGGAGGUUCGUCAGGUCGAGGUUAAUGCCUUGCCCAGGACUGGGGGUGUGCUGCAUUGUGUUACACAGCAGGUCGUGUGA